CCAGCUAUCCGAUAACCUUUGACUGAAUGUUGGUUGGGGCUCCUGUUCCUCAUGGGUUUCCUGUGUUGCCAUUUCCUGAUUUAAAAAAUGGCGGAGAAAAUUCUAACAGAGCCAAUGCAGUUUGCUGCAAAACGGUUUCUUGAGUUUGUCAACAAUGGUCCAUCUCCAUUCCAUGUUGUCCAUGAGUGCAGAAAAAAGCUUGUUGCUGCAGGCUUUCAAGAACUGAGAGAAAGAGACAAGUGGAACCUUCAGCCUCAAAACAAGUACUUUGUGACUAGAAACCAGUCUACUAUCAUUGCUUUUGCUAUUGGUGGAAAGUUUAAGCCUGGGAAUGGGUUUACUAUUGUAGGAGCACAUACUGACAGCCCGUGUCUGAAGGUCAAACCAGUGUCCAAAAGAACAAAAUUUGGCAUCCAUCAAGUUGGAGUUGAAUGCUAUGGUGGAGGUAUUUGGGGCACAUGGUUUGAUAGGGAUCUAACAGUGGCUGGCAGAGUUCUUAUUAAGAGAAAUGACAAAAUAGAGCAUCACCUUGUCAAAGUUGACAAGCCCAUUCUUAGAAUUCCUCACCUGGCGAUUCACCUUCAAAGAGAUAUCAAUGACAAGUUCUCGCCCAACAAAGAAACACAUAUGGUCCCUAUAUUAGCGACAUCCAUUCAAAAUCAGCUUAACGACUCACCUUCUGAAGACAAAGAAACAAAGAAACUUUGUAAGGCUGACUCUCACCAUUCACUCCUAAUGAGUGCAAUUCUGAAAAGCCUUGACUUUCAGUGUAGUUCAGAGCAAGUGGUAGACUUUGAACUUUGUUUGGCCGACACACAACCUGCUGUGCUGGGAGGAGCAUUGGAUGAAUUCAUUUUCUCACCAAGACUGGACAAUUUAGUGAAUGCAUUUGCAGCAUUAGAGGGACUUAUUUCAUCUUUGGAAGGAGAUAGCUUAAACCAAGACCCUAAUGUGAGGCUGAUAAAUCUCUAUGACAAUGAAGAGGUUGGGUCUCAAAGUGCACAAGGAGCAUGCUCAAGUCUUACAGAGAUCAUUCUAAGAAGACUCUCAGUAGGAGAUAAAACAAGUUUUGAAGAGGCUAUUCCCAAGUCAUUGUUGGUCAGUGCAGAUCAGGCACAUGCAGUUCACCCAAACUACUCUGAAAAACAUGAAGAAAACCACAGGCCACAGUUCCACAAGGGUCCAGUGUUAAAGUUCAAUGGUAAUCAAAGAUAUGCCACAACAGCCAUUACUGCAAGCAUUCUCAGGCUUGUUGCAGAAAAAGUUGAUAUCCCACUGCAGGAAGUUUGUGUGAGGAAUGAUUCCCCCUGUGGUUCAACAAUUGGUCCUAUCUUAUCAGCAAAGCUUGGUAUGAGGACUGUAGACAUUGGAGGACCACAGUUGGCCAUGCAUUCUAUUAGAGAAAUGUGUUGUGCUUCUAGCAUCUACCAGUGCUCAACUCUCUAUAAGGGAUUUUUCCAGCACUUUCCAGAAAUUGAUGCUUCGUUGGUGGAAAUUUAAGCUGUAGUAAUAACAGCACACUGAAAUUAUCCUUUUGAAUUGCUAGCCUACAUAAAUAGUAGAUUGAAAAUUUAUUCACAUUACUAUGAAGAUCAAGCACUUAAAGUAUGCAACAUUGGUUUUCAUGUGAUGUAACACUGUCCAUUUAUGCAUAUUGGUGAUCUUUGACAAAGAAAUAUUUUUAUAUCAGCAAAUCUUAGAAUAGAGUGGGUCAGUCAGGUCGCAGCGCCAAAGAACAUUGCUGGUAAUUGGUUGGCUUGACUCUAAAGAAUGAGGCAUAAACAAUAGAGCCUAUUGUUCUAGCCAGCCAAUUAUGAUGACUUUAUUUAGAGCUGCGACACCUCUGAAUAGAGUAGUUUUCCCCAACUGUGAAAUAGUUUAAUACAGAAAAAUGAACAAUUUUCAUCUGCAGCCAUCACAUACAACCUGUGUAAGUCAUCCUUGCAAGAUGGCUACAACUGUAGGGUUAAAUAAUCGUUUUGAAUCCCUGCAACACUCAUAUCCAUGUUGUAAAGGUGACUUAUGCGGCUCGCAUGCAAUUGUUGCUAGUAUAGAGCUAGUUCUAUUAAGUACUACUGCAUUGAUUGCUCACAUCACAUUCUCAACAAUAGUUCAAAUUUGGCUUUAUGUAAGCUUCGGCUUCUUUGUUAUAAGCAAUCUGAUGAGCAUUUCCACCAGUAAACUUUUAAUAAUGGUACUUCAUUAUAGUUUAAUAUAUAGUAUAAUAAAUUAUAUGUUCACCAUUAUAAUUACUGUAUAGAUUUUAGGGUUUAUUUGCAAAUUUUGUAUGAACUGAUUCAAUAAAACUGUUCAAAUGCAA